AAAUUCUUCUGUCUUUAAGCUUCCCUUAGGAGCAGUGUCUAAGUCAGGUAUGGGCAGCUGAGCAGGAUCCAGUCCCAGGAAAUCCAUUUUGUACAUAGCCAAAGGAGCACUGCUGAGUCUGUGCUGCAUGCAGAGCUACAAGGGGUCUGACUCUAGAUUCAGCUCCAUGCCACACCUGGCCUGACCACCUGCUUGUGGAUAAAGGUGGCACCAAGUGCAUGAGAUGAGUAAGUUUGCUGAGCAAAUUUACCAUGUGGUAGUCAAGCUGCCUGCCUGCUCCAGUGAAACAAAUGGAAUGAUCUGUUCCAGCUUUCUAGUAAAGUAAAUCUUAAUUGCCUUAUUUAGAGCAUGAGAGAUUUUUUUCCUUUGGUUAAGGCCAAAUUCUGCUGUUGUUUAUACCCUAGAUUAUCUUGACAUAAGCACAUUCAGGACAUUCAUUGGUUUUGCUCUGUACAAGGUAAUGGAGAGUUUGGCCCCAUGGGUCAAUAGUUGCAGUUGUGGUGGCCUUACUCUAAGGAGCGCUACCAAUGCCUAGGGUCAGGCUGAUGGCAAAAAAAUGUCUGUGGAGGUACAGUGGCCUUGAGAAGACAAGAUUCUGCCUAAAUGUAGUUGUGACCCUUGGACUUAACCUGUUCAAGUAUUUGUUUAAUGUAACUUCCAAAUAAAAGAUGUGGUCAAUCUUUUUCAGUAACUGCAAGCUGCACUUGUCGAGAGCUGCCAGCUCGCUUGGCUAUCAAAAGAGCAGUCCUUUGGAGCAAUCUUCUUCCCAAUCUGUUGUCCUUCCUGUGAAGGUAUUACUUUGAUGUAGACCACGAAACACCAAGAGUUCCAUUUUAACAAUAAUGAGAGGAUGCAAGUGCCAGGAGGGUUUUUCCUCUCGGCUUGAUUAUUGACACCAGUGUGGUCACUGGAAGUCCAUUUCUUUCAGCAGAUCUUCCGCUGAUAAUUAAGAGUAGAUUUGUGUUACUGCUAUGAGGGAAACCUCAGGGUCAGCACACUGCAAAGGGCUAAGUUUCACCACUCUGCCAAAUACAGUCUUCCUGAUGAGAUGGGAAACCAAAGGCCACAGUGCUCAGGGAGUGUGGUACAAACCAGUCACAUCACCUUCCAGGUUGAAAUGCAUUUUGAGUUACUACUUUGCAGUUGAGGCUUUGAAAUGUUUCUAUUGGGCUGAGCAUGUGGGCCCAGAAUCACAGUUAUCAGUGCUGUCAGCAUCUCUCCCAGCAAACAUGUUCUGUGAGCAGUGCCAGCUCCCAUUUCUUGGAAGACUUGCUCAGUGAAGCCUCAGCUUCCGGUGACAUGCAGCAAACUUGCAGAAGGCCUCAUGUGGGAGGUGUCCCUGGGAUGAGGCUGACCCUUAUCUUGCCAGCCAGCUGCAAGAGGAUUAUCCAGGAGCUCAGCUAUGCAGCUGCAAACACUCUUGCAGUGGCUGAACUGCCUUGAGACCUUCCUCUUGUGUUGUAAAGCCAGCAAGAAAGCAAGGACUGGACUACUCUGGUAAGUUAAUAAAGCUGCCUUCUGCUCUUUGUUUUUUUCUUUUCAUUUGGUUAACAUUGCACAGGAAAGCACUGUGGCAGGUGUAUGUAGUUGUUCUCCUAGAGAAGUUACAGCAGCUCGUGCUCAGUGGUGGCAUGAGACUGCAGGACAAAGAGAGUCCGUUGACCCAUGUCUCCUGGCAUGGUCACAGCUCCAGAAGGAGAUUAUUCACCUGCUGGAGCAAUAUCCAGCAUGAAAAACUCUUCUGAUGUCUAACCUCAGUGGUCAGCACCCUCUUCACUGGCCAAGCACUGUUUGUCACUUCUUUUCAAAACUGAAAAUGCUGCUUUUCAUUUGUGGUAACAGUACCUUUAUUUCUGAAUCUCCUCGUGUAGUUUGCAUGAACAAAGCUUUGCUCAUGAAUGCAAUUCAGAGCUAUGAUAAGGCAUGAGCAGUUUCAUGUUCUAAUUUUUGAUUCCUUGACACAAAUUUUCUUGGCUAGCCUAGUAAAGUGCCCUCAGUAAUAUUGAAAAUACAGGCAGCUCCUGUACACUUCUGAGGACUGGUGAAAAUGGAUUUGAUGGCUGCAGCUAAGCCUCCCAGUAGCCAUCUGUUCAUAUCCCACCUCAAAUACAUGGUUGGAAGACCUGGAACAUUCUCUCUCCUGUAAUGAGUCCCUGUUUGUACACACCUCUUUUAACUCUGUUCUUUCCAGAGUUCUCCCAUCUCCUGUGAAGGACAGCCAAGUUACCCAGCUUUAGAAACUCAUCUUCAGAACAAAGCAACGAAAGACCUGGGCUGUGGUGUCUGUCCUAGAGUGCGUGUGGUGUCUACUUACCCAGCCUCACCAGGGGAGCAUUUACAAGUGAAGAUGAAUGGUGAAAUUCUCUUCUUGUCCCUCCUUGGCUUCCUCCCACUUGUGAUACCCACAUGCCCUGUGCCAUGUAAGUGUGCCACCAACAUUAUUGACUGCACAUCAAAAGACCUCACUGUAGCAAAACUACCAGUUGCUUUCCGUCCUUCAGCUGAAGUUAUCCACCUUGGUUACAACAAGCUCACCUCUAUUCCCAAUGGGCUCUUUGACAACCUAAGGAGUCUCCAAAUAGUCUAUUUGCAGGGCAACCCUUGGGAGUGCAACUGUGACAUCCUCUACUUGCAUUCCUGGCUCCAGUGGCAGCAGAACCGGACCUUAUACAGGGAUGUGAGAUGUACGUCCCCAGCUCACCUUCAGGAUCGGGUCAUUGCCUAUCUGACAGAAGAUGAGAUCAUCUCCACAUGCCAGUACUGGUACUGCAGCCUGGCUCUCCUCUCUCAGCUCUGCCUCUUCAUUCUCCUUUUCCUCCAAGGUAUCUUGGUGAUCUUCAUCAUUGUCUAUCUGCAGAAAUUUCGGAGAAUGACAGCUGAAGCCCGGAGCACCACCUAGGAUCUACACCAGCAUGUAGAUACCUGGGUAUCUUCUUCAAGAAGUCCCUACAACAGUGAUUAACAUCACAAGACUGAAGGCCCUUCUUCCUCUUGGGUCAUUCUGUGCUGAGGUCAUGUGGCUUGUGAUAUUCAGAGGGGCCAGUUCAGUGCCGCAUCAAAUCUGACUGCAGUCUGAAACAGGACUUGAGCUAAUCAAACAUUUGCUGUCUUUCCAAAGACUUGAUCUUGUGGUUUUUUUAGUGCUUUGAAUUCUGUAGCGUGAUCUUGAUUGCUUUGCAGAGCUGGGAGAGGUUCUAGUUUGGUAGAAUAAGGAAAUCAUGAACUGCACCAACCAGAAAUGACUCAAACUGCUCAUAAGCUCAUUAGGGGCCUGCAGUCCUUAGGCCCUUCUAUGUGAAGAGUAUUCCUGUCAUACUUUCUAUGAUGCUUCUGCUUGUGUUGGGUCAGGUGAGGAUAGAGGCAGACAGUGAACACUUAAGGUACUAGCCUAGAACAGUGGAGAAAUAGUUUCCUUAGUGCCGCCACAGAUUGCCUUAGUAACUUUGAGUGCUUCUCCUUGCCCAGUGUGUCUUUCCCAGUGUUUGGGGGGAAGGAAAUGGAUGUUCAAAACCUUACCCACUUCACCCUAUUUUUCUUCCUUUAAAUCUGCUUGUAGUUUAAUACUGACUUCGACACAUACUCAGUCAUAGUGGGACCCUAAACCAUUAUGAGAAGUUCAACCUGAAGCCAAGAGUUGUGUAGACCAGAGGCUCUUUCUGACUGCUUGUGCAGCACCUGGCACAAGAGAGCUGGUUCUCUUUGGAGCUUCACCAUGCAACACCCACUGAUGUGCCCACAGCAGGUUAUGACGUCCCUUAAUUAUUUUUGGAAUGAAGCAAAAUUGAAAUAAAAUAAUGAUGCAUGAUGAU